AUGUCGAUGUCCAGCUUUCCCGCCCUUGACGAGACGGUCCCAUCCAGAUCUCGGUCUGCCACUCUUGAGAGCCUGUCGAGAUCGCGGAAUCCAAGCGUCUCCCGUGCGGCACCACAGCAACAGGUCACCAGCGAUGUCCCAACGAGACCUCCGAUGCCCCGCCGGUCAUCAUCUGCUAUGCACCGCGAAGUGCUGACCCGUCUGCGACCCAUGCCUUUCCAAUACAUAUGGUGCGCAUGGCAUUCCAAGCCCUCUGUAUCGCCUGUCAGCACGCCAAACGAAGACACGGCUCCGGCUUCGCCCACGUACGCCUUGACACUGCUGUCACAAGAGGUCAAGGACGUCGCAGCCUUCUACCGCAUAUUCAACAACACACCCUGGUCGAGCGUAAAAGCCAAAGAGUCUGUGCAUUUCUUCCGUACCGGUGUCAAGCCACUAUGGGAGGAUCCACAAAAUCUCGACGGCGGCUGCUGGGUCUUCAAAGUACGCAAGGAAGACGGCAAAGCACAACGGGCUUGGGAGGAGUGCUGUGUGCUGGCGCUGGGUGGACAACUGCAGAGCGCGAUUGCUGAUGAACAUGAUCAUAUCCUUGGACUCUCAUACUCACCACGUCUGUACCAAGCACACAUCUCCAUCUGGACCCAGAGCGGCGCCAACAAGCAGAGCAUCGCCAAGCUGGAGCAAGCGGUCAUUGAUGGUCUGAGCGAGGACUUGCGGCCCAAGUCGAGCAUGGAGUACUACUAUAAGAUGCACCGCGAGCACGAAGGAUUCGAGGAGGCUGUCGGGCUGAAAUCGACUGAGACCCAGGCCUGA